CCGCUGCCAAGUAUAAUUCAGCCGCUGGCCUUUACGCCAACCAGAGCGGCGGCUACCUCAACAAGAAGCCGGGCAUGAUAACGCCAUCACCCAGCGUCGGCCGGCAACAACCUCUUGUGACCAGCUCGCGGGGCUCGAGUGGUCCCCCCGCUGCCGUAAUCCUAACCCCCAACCACGACUACAACCCCACACAAUCCCCCACGUGGUUACUCCUACGCGAGACUGAGAACCCACCUACGCUUGAGGAGCUCCAAACCCCCGACAUGAACCCCCACGACCCCAUCUACUCGGAGGUGUACUCAGCCCCAAGAGCCCCAACUUCGGGGGCUAAACCAAUACGACCGGGGUUCAAAGGAGGAUCCCCAGUGGGAGGCAGCUCCAUGCUAUCCCCAGGACCCCAAAUGGGGAGCAGGAUGUCGGCUCCCCAGAGUGGAUCAGGAACUCCACCCCCACAGGGGGCGCUAACCCCCGUAGCUGCCGCUGCCCUCGCAGAACCUGCGCCCCCCAACAGCCGUGGACGUUCACCCAGGGAUGAGCAUUUCCCACUCUACGAAACGAAUUCGAUUGGCGGGCGUCGACGUAUCGCGCAGAGUUCCAGCUUCAACAAGCUCAUGUUUAACAUGUUGGGCGAGUAACAUGUCAACAAGCUCAUGUUUAACAAGUUGGGCGAGUAACAUGGUUCUACACUACGAUUCAACUUGCCACGAUCACCGUAAUAUCGUCCACAGGAUAUGAGUGGUCACAUUUUUACUAUACAUCACGCAACAUGUUCAUGAGCCCCAACAUUUUCACCACACAUCACGCAACAUGUUCACGUGCCUCAGCAUAUUCACCCCACAUUAUGCAACAUGUUCAUGUGCCCCAACAUAUUCACCACGCAUAACGCAACAUGUUCACGUGCCCCAGCAUAUUCACCACGCAUCACGCAACAUGUUCAUGUGCCCCAACAUAUUCAACAUG